AACUUGGCGUUCCCAGCAAGAAAGGGGGUGGCUGGCUCGCCUCCAGUUCACAUAUCCAAAAGAAUUGGCCAGUGAAGAAGUAAGCAGGAUCCAGGUAGCCAGAAGCUUCCAUGUUCUGGAAACACCAGACUAGACAACCCUUCUUCAGAAUGAAGUUCAUGGGACUUCUGAGCAUCCUGCUGCUGUCCAUCCUCUUGGUGAACGCCCAGGGGCUACGGCUGAACGACUGGUUCUUUCCCAGUAAAUGUCCCAGGGUCAGAGAGAAAUGUGAAUUCAAAGAAAGGGACCUGUGCACCAAGACCAAGCCAUGCGAGCGCAACAAGAAGUGCUGUAUGUUCAGUUGUGGGAAGAAAUGCUUGGACCUCCAACAAGAUGUAUGUCAGUUACCAAAGGACUCGGGCCCCUGCAUGGCUUACUUUCCCCGUUGGUGGUACAGUCAGGAAAACAACACUUGCUACAACUUCAUCUACGGUGGCUGCCUGGGAAACAACAACAACUUCCAGACCCAAGCCAUCUGUCAGAAUGCCUGCCAGAAAACAGGUGCAUAGCUCCUGCAUGGAGACUUGCUGGAGCAGCCACCGGGAUGUGACUCACGCAGCAGGCUCUGUCCGGAACACUGAUGGAUGCAAUAGGUUGAUGUCAGCUGUUCCACGCUCUGUGCCCAAGACCUUCGCUCUUCCCCAAACCAAACUCCAGGCACUGCCCGCCCCCCGCCUUUUUUCCAUCUCCGCCUCUUUCCAUGCACAACACCUGCCACUCGGAUUCUCGGAUUCUCGCUCUGUGCCUCGCCCCUUUGUCUCCAACUUUCUGAGCCAGCUCAUCGUCCCUGUGCAUAUCCCAAUCCCCUCCCUCCCCCAAAUAAAGUUCUUGGCUUAG